CUCCUGCGCCGCGCCCCGGCCGUCUGCACCGCGGGCUCCCGGCGUCUUCCCGGCGGCGCGGGGCAGGAUAAUUGGAAUCCUUCAACAUGCCAGCCGUAAUACCCACAGCGUCUGAGCAGCCUGCAGAUGAAAUGGAAAAUCAAACCAAAACAGCAGAUACAAGACCUGAGGCCCCUCCUGACUACAAUUUGCAUGUUGUUCCAGGACCCCCUGGGCCAGCUGUCCCUCCACCUACAGGAUACCCAGGAGGCUUGCCUAUGGGAUACUACAGUCCACAGCAGCCCACUACCUUCCCCUUAUACCAGCCAAUUGGUAGUAACCGUCCUAUCCAAUAUCAGCCUGGAAAAUAUCCUGCUUCAAAUCAGCUUGCUCCAGUAACAUGGAUGCCAGGGCCAACUCCUAUGCUGAGCUGCCCUCCUGGUCUGGAAUACUUAGCCCAGUUGGACAACAUACAUGUUCUUCAGCAUUUUGAGCCUCUGGAACUGAUGACAAGUUUUGAAACUAACAACAGAUAUGAUAUUAAAAAUAACAUAGACCAGAUGGUUUAUGUGGUAACUGAAGACACAGAUGACUUCACCAGAAAUGCUUACCGUACGCUAAGGCCCUUCGUGCUCCGGGUCACUGACUGCACAGGCCGCGAGAUCAUGACAAUGCAGAGACCUUUCCGAUGCACCUGCUGCUGCUUCUGCUGCCCCUCAGCCAGGCAAGAGCUGGAGGUGCAGUGUCCUCCUGGGGUCACCAUUGGCUUUGUGGCAGAACACUGGAACCUGUGCAGAGCGGUCUAUAGUAUCCAAAACGAGAAGAGAGAGAGUAUGAUGAGAGUGCGCGGACCUUGCUCAACCUAUGGCUGUGGGUCAGACUCUGUUUUUGAGGUCCAAUCCCUGAAUGGCGCAUCCGACAUUGGCAGUAUUAUCAGGAAGUGGGACGGUUUGCUGUCCACAAUGGGAAAUGCUGACCACUUUGACAUUCACUUCCCACUGGACCUGGAUGUGAAGAUGAAAGCCAUGAUUCUUGGAGCUUGUUUCCUUAUCGACUUCAUGUAUUUUGAAAGCUCUCCAACACCACAGCAUUCAUCAAGAAGAUAGAGGAGCACAUAAAAUGAUCAAUUACAUUCCAAUUUUAGUGUAUGUGCCACCAAAGCAAGCCCAAGAUCAUCAAUUGCGAUAACAAAAAUAUUUUAGAAAAUGUUGCAGGAGGCGCAGAGCCAGCCCUCACUUUUGGCAGGUAUAUUUCGCUACUUUUCAGAUUAUUUGGGGGGUUGUUGCUUACCUUUGACAGACAGACUGAAGUUUGAGUGGAAGACCACAAGCAGACAUACGUUUCGAUGGAUUAUCUGUCUACUUGGUAGAUUAGGGCUUCAUUUUGAGAAACCAAGACCCGUUAACCAAGUAAACAUAUACAAAAUUAGCUUUGAAAUACUUCAAACAUGAGAUAAGGGAAAAAGUAACCCCAGAGUUCUCACAUUAAUGGGUAGUGAAAUGAAGGCUUACUGUUUGGACAGAACAACAUAGCUUUUAUCUGUAGUCCUUUCCCACCACUAUUCUAUACCCGCAUGUCCUGUGAUAGAAGACAAGCUUGAUUCCAGGUGAAAAGAAAGAAUUUUUGCAUUUAGAAUCAAAAGUCGAGAGAAAUAUUAUGUUUUAUUAUAUAAGAAAACCCUUCUUGUGCACAUAUUUCAGAAUUUUACACAUUUUGUAAAAGUUUCGAUGGAAAAUCUCACUUUAUUACAAAUAAAACAUGUAUACUUUUUUUUUUUUGGUACUGGGAAUCGAAGUUGGGACCUCACGCUUGCCAGGCAGGCUCUUGUGCCGCUGAGCUGUAUCCCCAGCCC